UCACAAAGUGAAAGUGAUAAAGAAGGAAUAGAAGAUUCAGAUAGUUUAACAAGUGAAAGAGAUGAAAUCCCAUCUGGUGGACGAAAGAAAGAUAAAGAAAAAGGACAAAAAAAAGGUAAAGAAAAAGCAAAUAAUUCUUAUAGACAUAAAAAAGGUGCUAGGAAAGAAAAUUCUGAAAAAGAUAUAAAUGAUUUCAAUAAUAUUAAAUAUUUAUUAGUUGCUGAUACUGAUGAUUUCAAAUGGGAUAAUACGGGUAAAGAAAGAGAUGUGUCACUUGAAUUAUUGCAAAUUCAAUAUAAUUCUGCAAAAGAUUUUCAAACUAAAGAUGUUCAUGCUCAACCAACUCAACAAACAGCAUCUACUCAUGAUUCAUUAGAAUGUAAAGAAUCAGGUAGUUCAUCUUUAACUAAGGAGAAUGAAGUUAUACAUUAUAUAAGAUAUCAGCAAAUAGGUGUUGAUCAGGAUUCUUUAGAAUGGUGGAAUGUAAACAAAAACGAGUUUCUAGUUUUGUUAUUACUUGUAUUAAAAUAUCUAUCAAUUUCCACCAUAUCUGUACCUAGCGAGAGAUUGUUCUCAGAUGCAGAAAAUUACAUCUCUGCAAAGUGUACUUGA